AUGCGUUCGACUCAUUCAUCCCGACCUCCAGCGUGUACACAAGCUGAGGUCACUGCAAACUGGGAGCGUCUGCGCAAGUCUUGUGAUUCUUGCCAGGAAGCCAAGGUUAAGUGCAGCCAACACAAGCCCUCGUGCCAUCGCUGCCUUCGUCAUCGCCAACCCUGCAUCUACAGCCCGCAGCGUCGCACUGGACGACCGCGAAAGAGGCCGGCACUCGAUGGCAAUGCAUAUCCCUCGGCCAAUUCAGGGGGUGACAUAGAUGGGACAAUAAUCAGAGAGCCGAGUAGCUCAAUUGUCAAUGGCCAGGACCUCGUCAUGGCCGAUGUCCGCGGUGAUGACACGCACUUGCUGGCCGAUGAUAUUACGGCGGACACCAUCAAUCCCAUCGACAGCAUCUUUCAGCCAUCGUUCGAAGCCUUGUUAGCAGCCUCACCGCUCAGCAAGGAUCCGACAGCCAGAGGCAACAACUCAAACUCCUAUCAUACGGGCUAUCUAACGGCCUCUCCGUCGGAUGCGUUGGGCGAUUUAUCCCUUUUCUUGCCCGAUUACAAUAGCCCAAUUCAACCACAUCCGGCGCAUGUACUUGCCACUGACCAGGCGCCCCCACUCAGUGUGGGCGCCUCGAACACAGGCAGUGAGUGCGGGGACUGCGGAGCAAAAUGUUACACGGGGCUUCUUCAACAGCUGUUGUUCUUGCGCCAGUGGCUUCCUGAGGCCGCUCGUCCCUCAAUCGACGUGAUACUGCAGGUGGAGAGCCACGUGCGCAGUCUUAUCGACUGGGUUUUGGCCUGCCACACGUGUCUGAGUAAUCGCUCGUCCGUCCUCCUCAUGUCGGUGAUUACAGAGCGUGUGAUUCAGAUGCUCGACUGGAUCAUCGAGGAGAAGACCUUGCUUGACACCGAAAGCGCGCGCUCCAGCCGGCAAACGGUCAGUUCCUGGGCGCGAACUUCUCGACUACCCCCGGCCGGGAGCCGUACCGGCGGUCGGCCGUAUGUGUGCCUCAUUCCGUUACUUGUAGGGAACACUGAGCUCGACGAGGAUACCAAACAGUACUUCCUCAAGCAGCUUAUUCUCAUGCGAAUGAAGAAGCUUGCUGCCAAAGUACAGGAUGUGCGACGCACCAGUAGUACGCACCCCGGGGACUGCAUCUACCGUGCUGCCGACUUAGUACUUGCAGAGUGUCUGCAACGAUUGGACUACCUUCGCGGCCAGGUUCAACUGUGGGAAUGA